CGCUGCUUCUGCUACACUUGCAGCUGUGCUGCGUUUGUCUACAGCUCAAUCAGCUCCAGGGACUUUCUCAGCUCUCGGGUGCUAUACAAGUCUAACAGCAGGAAAGCAGCCAAGACAGGGGCUUAAACAACCCAUAUUUGUGCUGAGGAGGACGUCCCUCACUCACCCUUACCAACAAGAGCAACUAUUUUGGCCAGCUCUGGCUCAGUUGCCUCUGGGAGUCUGGUAAAGCAAGACUCAGGACUGAGGAACUAAGGGCUCACUUCAACUUCAGGGCCAGUUGCUACAAAUUCAGGGUGUUUUAUUGUUACUACAGGGUCUGGAAGGCAGCUGAAGGGACCAGAACCGGACAAUGAAUAUGAUUCUGUUGACGAGACCCUGGAAUUCCUAGAAGAGGAACGACCUCGACCUCAAGGCUCCUCUCCAGUGUACGAGUGUCCCAGCACUGAGAAAUACACAGACAUAAACAAGCAGGGUGAAGAGGAAAUAUACGACCCAUAUCAGAAACAUACUGACUACAAGAAAGUAAAAAGAGGUGGAUUUGGGGCGUUCUUUGACAAGCACUUCUCUGCAAAAAUGAGUCAAACAGAGGAAUUGCAGACAGCUGAUGAAUCAGAGUUAAUUGUGAAAACACAGACAGAAGCAUGUGCCAAAGGGCUGAUUGUAAGUGGUGGAGGAAAAGAAGGCAUAUUUGUGAAGGACGUACUGCACGAGUCACCAGCAUCAACGAUUCCAUGCAUGAGAGAAGGAGAUCAAAUCCUCAGUGCGACAGUCUUUUUUGAUGAUAUCCGAUAUGAAGAUGCACUUCAGAUUCUGGAGCACGCCAAGCCUUAUAAAGUGCAGUUCUGCCUGAAACGCAAGUCUCCUGCAACGUCUGCCAUUGAAGUAUCUGCAGCAGAACCGCUCAACAUCACUCCUGGAGAAACAGGAACAACUGUGGAAAGAGGACGAACCAAAACUCCCAGACGACAAGAGGCCAGAAUUUCCUGGCCUAAGUUCCCAUCGUUUACAAGGGAGAGAAAGAUGUACUUCAAAAGAUCUCACAGCACAUCAGAAGCAGAGGAGCAAAAAACCUUGGAUAUGAGUCCGACAACAAGUGACACAGAAUCUCCAAACAAGUCUCAGGAGCCUCUGAAAACCAAAACAAAGAGGUCAAAGAUAAAGCUGCCAAGCCUAGGAAUGAGGAGCCUUAAGGGCAAAUCAAUGGAUCAACACGAUAACGAUACUGUAGCAGAAACGUCAGAACAUUUGGAAGUGACUGAGAAAUAUCUUACAGAAAAGGAAAUACCAGAAAUCUGUGCAUUAGAUGCAAAUGGAAUUAAAGACACCUCAAAGGUAAAUGAUAAGAGUUCAUUUCCAAAUGUGACAGGCCCUGAAGUUGAAAUCAGCCAAUAUAAAGCAGAACUCAUCGCCCUGGACAAAACACUCAAAACGGCUGACAUUUCCAUUUGUGGACCAAAAUCUGGUGAUAUUCUUGUUGAACCUGGUGAAGAACAAAUUAAAAACAAAAGAACUCCAGAAGGAAAAAGAAGGAAGAAGAAACUUAGAUCAGAACUAAAAGUGAAUAUAAGCGGAAAAGAGAAAGGAGACAUAAGUCCUGAACCACAAGCAAUGGCACCUCAGACAUUAAUUCUAAAAGCAUCACCACAUGGUCUAGGACCUGAGUUUCAAUUUGAGCUCCACACUAGUGAAGCUGGAGUUAGAACUCCUGAAGAUCUGGAAUUAAGAGAUGCCCCAGUUAGUCCUAAUGUAAUAUCACAUGCUGAGCUGAAAGGACGUCAACUUUCCAUUGAUAUAAGCACUCAAAAAAUAGAUUCUAAUAGAUCCAGUGUUAAAGUUGAAGUUAAGAAGCCAAAAGAGAGAAUAACAGAUAAAGCACAGCAGCUGAAAUCUGAGGAUGAUCAAAAAGCAGGACCUGAAGGGACGUCUGAAAAUGUACAACCUACUGCAUCCCUACACAUGCAGGCACCAACCCUAGAGAUGGAAACAGAAAGCAGAGAAAAGAGCCUUCUUUCACCAACAAUUAAAUCUGUUCUAAAACCUUACGAAGCUAAAAUGGAACCGCCAGCUGUUUUGGCUCAUGCUGAAAAGAGCAAAAUCAAGAUGUCAAAGAAAGGGGAUCCUGAACUUGGCAUGGCACCAGUAGAUGUUCCAGCAAGAAAAGAAGCCGUGGGUGAACAGAAGGCAUCAAAGAUAGAAGCUGAAAAGAUAAUUAAAGGCAAAAGUAAGCAUGUUCCAGAGCAGGAAACACACAGCAUUAUCACCAGACGUCAACAGGUGGAAAUGAGCAAAAAAGGGAUACAACCAAGAAGUUCAGAAACAGAAAUGCAAACUCCAAAGUUUGACAGCGGUGAUGUCUAUGCUUCAGACAAAGAUUCUCCUUUCCUUAAAGGGGAUGUACACAUGAGUAAGCCACAGACAGAAACAAAAGACACCGAAUUAGAACAGCCAACACAAGGAAAGAAAACUGAACUAUAUAAACCUAAAAUUCCAAAAUCAGUUAUCUCUCUCCCCAAUGUGAAAACAACAGAGAGAGAAGACGAUCUAAACAAAUCUGAUAAAACUACGACUGAAGCUGAAGCCUCUAUAUUACAACCAGUAACUGGAAUUAAAAUUACAGAAACAAAAAGUGAACUAGAUCUUUCACAAUCCAUAAGGAAGACUGAUACUCCACAGAUGGAAAUUAAAGCUACAAGAAUUCAUCCAGAACUGGAUGUAGAUAAUGUGAUAGGAGCAAUGAGCAAAUCAAAACUACAUGAGUUCAAGUUGCCUAAAAUCAACCUCUCUGAUCUUGAUGUCCAUGAAAAAAUCACAAUGACAGAUGUGAAAGAAAGCAAAGGAAAAAGCAUUACUACAGCAGAAAUUUCACAUUCAAAAGGUGAGAUGCAUAAAGAAGAAACACCACUUCACAUUCAGCUCAGAGAGGAUACUGAGAUACAACCUAUACGGGGCACAGCACCGAAGGGAAAAUUCAAGAUUCCAUGUAUAGAAAAAGGCACAGAAGCCACUCCAGUACAAGUGGAUGUCCAUUUUACAGAAGAACAUCUCUCUCUGCCAGGAGAGAUCGGAAAUGAAAUAAAAAGGAUAAAAUUACAUCCCUCAAAUACACAUGUAGAAGGUGAAGAUAUACAAACAAGAAGCAAUUUGAAUAUUACAAAGUUCAAGCUUCCAAAAAUGGAAAUCUCUGGAUUUGAUACGCAUCACCAAAUCACAAAGACAGAACUCUUUUUUGAUGAUGUGCCACAAAAAACAAUUAAAAGUGCAAAGACAGAAAUCAAAGAACCAAUGUUAAGAGACAAAGAGAAAUAUAGGGAUACCGAAAUUAGAAGAGCAGCAGACACAUUUCAAAUACCUUCAAUUGAAAAACCGAAAACUAUUUUUUCAACUACAACAGACAUAACAAAAGCAGAAGCUCCAAAAAUAGAAGGAGACAUAACCUUACCCACAAUGGAGAUUUCUCUUCCAAAAGCAGACCUGGAUGUUAAAAGCCCUGAAAUCAGCACUACAGCUAACAUCAAGAUGCCUAAACCCCAGUUGGAAGCAGAAGGGCAAGACAAGGACGUUGACAUUGAAGGAUCUCAUGGUAAAUUUAAAAUGCCUUCCUUUAAAAUGCCCAAAUUUGGAUUUUCAACUACAAAAGUUCAAGCAGAAGCACCAGAAAUCAGUACUGACAUCGCAAUACCCGACAUAGAUGCUCCAUCAGGAAAAGAAGGUGUGGACAUUGACGCACCCAUAGAUGACAUAAAAGCACCAAAUGCAGACAUUGAGAAGCCAGACAGCCAAUCUCAACUGUCCAAAAUGCCAGACUUGGAUAUAUCUCUUCCCAAAGUCAAAGGCACAGAGAUAGGCAUUCAACUACCCAAAGCACACGCUGGUGUUUCUGUGUCAAAGCCAGAUCUUGAGGUCAAGGGGCCUGAAGUAGAAUUUAAAGCUCCAGCUUUGGAAGGGAAGGUUGAUGUUCCUGAAAUUGAAGCCAAAGGUGGGAGAGGAAAAUUCCAGCUUCCUCACAUGAAAUUACCAUCUUUUGGGAUUUCCACACCGGACAUCAAAGUCCCUAAAAUAAAAGGAGACACAACCUUACCCACAGUGGACAUUCCUCUUCCAAAAGCAGACCUGGAUGUUAAAAGCCCUGAAAUCAGAACUACAGCUGACGUCAAGAUUCCCAAACCCCAGCUAACAGUGUCAGGAGAAAAACCUGCUGUUGAUCUCAUGGGCCCCAGUAUGGACAUUGAAGGGAAAGGAACUGAAACAGAAGAGUCAAAGGCCCAGAGAUAG